AGUGAAGGGGCAAGCGCAGUCGAUUAAGCCGUGGAAACAGGUGCCUCCGAAAAGGGAAAGCGGGGCCGGAAGGCGUGCCAACAGCCCAGCGAAAGGAAAAGAUUUUAUUUCCCACUUCAGACACUCCAGCCUUUUCAGGAAACGCUGCACAGCCUUAGAGUGACCAAUGCUUUAUCCACCCUGCACCGCCCUCUUCCCCUCCGUGGAAAGGUGGUUUAAUCCUCCCUGCACGCGACUCGCGGGCGGUUGGGCCCGAGACCAGGAAGUUUCUGAUUGGUCAAGUCGUAGAAGCACCGGAUGAAAAGAGCUCCAAGGCUGCAGGCCCGAGUCCCCAAGAAGCCAGUGCCGUACGGCAAAAUGGUGGUUCCCAGCAGGAAUUCCGAAAUCCCCAACACUUCCUCCCUCCUGGGGAUUUGAUCCCCCAUGGCCACCGCUAAUAGCAUCAUUGUGCUGGAUGAUGAUGAUGAAGAUGAAGCAGCUGCUCAGCCAGGGCCCUCCCACCCACUCCCCAAUUCGACCUCACCCCGGCCAGAAGCCCCUGGCUCCUCUGAGCCCCACGGGGCCGGAGGAAGCAGUAGUUCGGGCGGCAAGAAAUGCUACAAGUUGGAGAAUGAGAAGCUGUUUGAAGAGUUCCUUGAACUGUGUAAGACACAGACAUCGGACCACCCUGAGGUGGUCCCAUUCCUCUAUAACCGGCAGCAGCGUGCCCACUCUCUGUUUUUGGCUUCUGCGGAGUUCUGCAACAUCCUUUCUCGGGUCUUAUCUCGGGCCCGGAACCGGCCAUCUAAGCUCUAUGUCUACAUCAAUGAGCUCUGCACUGUUCUCAAGGCCCACUCAGCCAAGAAGAAGCUGAACCUUACCCCUGCUGCCACCACUUCUAGUGAGCCAUCUGGGAAUAACCCUCCCACAGAUUCUGCUUCAGACCCUGCAAAUGCUGAAACUACUGCUUCUGAGACCCCAAGGACCCGUGGUUCUCGGAGGCAGAUCCAGCGCUUAGAGCAGCUGCUGGCACUCUACGUUGCAGAGAUUCGUCGACUGCAGGAGAAAGAGCUGGAUCUUUCAGAGUUGGAUGACCCAGACUCCACAUAUCUGCAGGAGGCCCGGUUGAAGCGUAAACUGAUUCGCCUCUUUGGGCGUCUGUGUGAGCUGAAGGACUGUUCUUCGUUGACAGGCCGUGUCAUAGAGCAGCGCAUCCCCUACCGUGGUACUCGCUACCCAGAGGUUAAUAGGCGCAUUGAGCGGCUCAUCAACAAGCCAGGGCCUGAUACCUUCCCUGACUAUGGAGAUGUGUUGAGGGCUAUAGAGAAGGCAGCUACUCGUCACAGUCUUGGCCUUCCCCGCCAGCAGCUCCAGGUCCUGGCUCAAGAUGCCUUCCGAGAUGUGGGCGUCAGGUUACAGGAGCGACGCCACCUUGAUCUCAUCUACAACUUUGGCUGUCACCUCACAGAUGACUAUAGGCCAGGCAUUGAUCCUGCACUAUCGGAUCCUGCAUUGGCCCGGCGCCUUCGGGAAAACCGAAGCUUGGCUUUGAGCCGGCUGGAUGAGGUCAUUACCAAAUAUGCAAUGAUGCAAGACAAAAGUGAGGAGGGCGAGAGACAGAGGAGAAGAGCCCGGCUUCCCGGCACCUCUUCCCCCUCUGCAGAACCCCGCAAAGCCUUGGAUUCUGGUGAGGGCCCUAGUGGAAUGGCAUCUCCAAAGUGCCCUGCUACCUCCAAGGCUGAGACAGAUGAUGAAGAAGAUGAGGAAACUGAAGAUGAGGAGGAGGAGGAAGAGGAAGAGGAGGUCACUGAUUCUGAAGAAGAGGAGGAUCUAGAACAGAUACCUGAAGGUCAGGGGGAUGAUGAAGAGGAAGAAGAGGAAGAAGAAGAGAAGGAGGAGAGAGCAGGUAAGGAUGGAGACAAGAGCUCCAUGUCCCCACCACAUAUUUCCAAUGAAAAGAAGCUGGAAUCUGGCAAAGAGAUCAGCAGGUCUUCAGGGGAGCAGCAAAACAAAGAACUCACACUGUCACCAGCUUCACAGUUGGAAGAACCUCUGGCUCCCUCCAGCAUUCAUGCAGAAAGCAGUGGAGAACAUCUUGAAGAGUUGCCCCUGGAGGAAGAGAGCCCUAUGUCUCAGAUCUUUGAGCUAGAGAUUGAAGCAUUGCCCGUGGAUGCUACCCCUUCCCCUGAAGGCAGCGAUAUUUCCUCAUCCAGGAAGCAGACAGAGGAUCCCCUCACCACUGUCUUGGAGAAUGGGGCAGCCAUGGUCACCUCCACAUCCUUCAAUGGAGGUGUCUCUCCCCAUAUUUGGGGAGGUUCCAGUCCCCCCUGCAAGAAAUCUCGGAAGGAGAGGAAGCAUAAAGGAUCUGGACCAUUAGAAAACAGCUUUGUAGAAGAUCAAAAUGCAGUGCAUGAGAAGAAUGGGAAGAAAAUAUAUACCCUGUCCAGCCCACCUUCCCCCUUGGCUUCCACAGUCCCAGUUGCCGAUUCCUCCACGAGGGUGGACUCUCCCAGUCAUGGCCUGGUGACCAGCUCCCUCUGUAGUCCUUCUCCAGCCCGGUUGUCCCAAAUUCCCCAAUUACAACCUCCCCGGCCUGGCACUUACAAGAUGAGUGUGGCCACACAGUGUGAUCCAGAGGAGAUCAUCGUACUCUCAGACUCUGAUUAG